AGAGAGAGAGAGAGAGAGAGAGAGAGAGUACUUAUUACUUAACGCGAGCCAAGCAUACGAUCAGGCAGUGCAAAGCAUCAUAUCCCUCUUCUCUUUGCAGCCAUAAAGUGAUAGCAAGGCCAGGCAGCGAAGGGGACAGAGUAGAGAGAGAGAGAAAGAGAGAGGAGAGGAGAGGGGUUGCCGUCGCCGGCGAGGAGGAAGAAGAUGGGGAGGGGGAAGGUGGAGCUGAAGCGGAUCGAGAACAAGAUCAGCCGGCAGGUGACGUUCGCCAAGCGCCGGAACGGCCUGCUCAAGAAGGCGUACGAGCUCUCGCUGCUCUGCGACGCCGAGGUCGCCCUCAUCAUCUUCUCCGGCCGCGGCCGCCUCUUCGAGUUCUCCAGCUCAUCAUGCAUGUACAAAACACUGGAGAGGUACCGCAGCUGCAACUACAACUCACAGGAUGCAGCAGCUCCGGAAAACGAAAUUAAUUACCAAGAAUACCUGAAGCUGAAAACAAGAGUUGAAUUUCUACAAACCACACAAAGAAAUAUUCUUGGUGAGGAUCUGGGCCCACUAAGCAUGAAGGAGCUGGAGCAGCUUGAGAACCAAAUAGAAGUAUCCCUCAAGCAAAUCAGGUUAAGAAAGAACCAAGCACUACUUGAUCAGCUCUUUGAUCUGAAGACCAAGGAGCAACAACUGCAAGAUCUCAACAAAGACCUGAGGAAAAAGUUACAGGAAACCAGUGCAGAGAAUGUGCUCCAUAUGUCCUCCUGGCAGGAUGGUGGUGGGCACAGCGGCUCAGCUACUGUUCUUGCUGCUGAUCAGCCUCAUCAUCAUCAGGGGCUUCUUCACCCUCACCCAGAUCAGGGUGAUCACUCCCUGCAGAUUGGGUAUCAUCAUCCUCAUCCUCACCACCAUCAGGCCUACAUGGACCAUCUGAACAAUGAAGCAGCAGACAUGAUUGCUCAUCACCCCAAUGAACACAUCCCAUCCGGCUGGAUAUGAUGUGUGUUUGAUCAGUUCAGAUAGCAAACAAGAAGCUAGCCAGUGCAUGCCCAUGGAUCGAUGAACCAAAACAUGGCCCUGUAAUCCAGUAAUUACGGGCAUAUGUAAUGUAAUCCCUGAUCUAUAUUUCGCGAAUACGUGCUCUCGAUCUUGCGACUUCUUCCCAAACAGUUAAUCAGGGGAAUAAUAAUUCGUUUGAUGCACGCAUGUGUUGUCUCUGUAUCGUAGGUCCAUCGGUAACAUACUUGAUUGGUUCUGGAUCUACUAGUAGUAAUCAAGAAGUUAGAACUCAACUUUGUCAUAUUUGUGAUGAUCUAUAUGUAUAUCUUGUGCUAAUCGAGUAUAUA